GUCUCAGGCAUGGAGGUCGCCUGCCUAGUGCGCGUCGAGGCGGCGCCGCGCCUGUCUCGGAGGCGGCCGCUGCCGCCCGCGCCUUCGUCGGGCGCGCUCGCGGCCAUUGCGCGGGGCCAAGAUUCGGCGCUGCAGGGCGCCCACGACUCCAGCCCCGACGAGCUGCUCAGGGGGGCCUCGGCCGAUGGGCCCUGGCGACUCGCGCGAGAAUUGCGGCCCAUGGGCAAGACGGCCUACGCCGCCGAGGUCAAGGGGACCUCGAGGUCGGCCAAGGCCCAGACGGCGGCGGAGAACGCGGCCACUAG